AUGGCCUCAAGUGAACUUCUCGCACAAAUCCAAGCGGGCAGAAAACUCAAGAAGGCUGUCACUAAUGAUAGAAGUGCGCCUGCUGUCGACGGUCCCAAGGGAGGGGCGGGUGGUGGUCGUGGCCCAGCUGGCGGAGGAGGAGGAGGGCCGUCUCUCGGCGGUGGAGCGGGACCACCGCAGUUAGGUGGAUUAUUCGCGGGUGGCAUGCCAAAACUCAAGCCUGCUGGUCAGAAUAAUCUAGCAAAACCACCUACAAUAGGAAAACCGCCUACCAUUCCCAAGCGUGAUGUCCCCAGUCCUGCGCCUCCGGUCGCGCCUGCUGCACCCUCACCACCAGCUCGGCCUUCACCUGCCCCGCCAGCCCGUUCUGUUCCGCCUCCCGCCCGUGCAGUUCCACCUCCAGUGCGCGCUGUGCCUCCUCCGAGUGCACCCAGCAUCCCAAGUCGUCCUGCGCCGAGCUUGCCCUCACGAGUGGUGCCUGUCCCUCCGUCAAGUGCUCCUGAACCACCCAGGAGAGCACCGCCGCCUAUGCACAGCGCGCCAGCGAUCCCUGCACGUCCUUCACCUGCUGUUCCUGCACGCACAGCAUCCCCGGCGCCGUCACCUGUGGUCCGUGCGCCGCCUGCGAUUCCUUCACGGCCGCCAGUCCAUUCUCCGGGACGAGUCGUGCCACCGCCGCCGACUACGCCGGGGCGCGCUCCUCCUCCCCCUCCCCCGCGACCGUCGAGCGUGGCGCCGCCGCCCCCGGUGAGAUCGCCCCCCGCACCGACACCUCCACCCCGGAAGCUUACACCGUCGGCGCCGACUCCACCUGUACGGGCUCGGGCACUAUCAGUUACAGAACCCGAUGAAUCUCCGAGCGCCGGGCGGCUUGCCCCGCCUCCGAGCCGGACGAGAACUGUUUCUGCGGGCGCUACCAAUGGAGUAAACAAUGCGCGGCCACCCCCUCCACGCCGUAAAAUACCAUCCCCUCCGCCUACGGUUGGAUCUCAUACGUUCCCGGUAUCAGAUUUCCCACCUCCACGGCCAUUUGGUACACAAACUCAUCAGUAUCCUAGCGGGCGUAGUCGGGGAAGUGAUUUUGACCUCGACUCCUUGUAUGCCAACUCACUUCCUUCUUCCGCCACCAUGCGCAUAUCCUCCUUUCUUCUCCCCUCUCUUUUAUCUUUGGUCUCCUACGUCGCUGCCGAAGAAGCGUCCGACGUUCUCAGUCUCACUGCUUCUACUUUCCAUGACAUCGACUCCGAGUCCCUGAUUCUCGUCGAGUUCUUUGCGCCAUGGUGUGGUCAUUGCAAGGCGUUAGCCCCACACUAUGAGGAGGCUGCCACGAAGCUCAAAACCCGCGGCAUCAAGCUCGCCAAGGUUGACUGUGUCGACCAGGCUGAUCUCUGCCAGUCGAACGGUAUCCAAGGAUACCCCACCCUGAAGGUCUACAAGAACGGCACCCCGAGCGAGUACACUGGUCCCCGGAAGGCGGAUGGUAUCGAGUCGUACAUGAUCAAGCAAUCUCUCCCGGCCGUGACCACUGUCAAUGAGCAAAACUUUGACGAGUUCAAGAUGGCUGACAACAUCGCCGUCGUCGCCUUUGUCGAGUCGACCACAUCGGCACCCGCCGCCGCUUUCAGCAAAGCCGCCGAGGCUCACCGUGACGACUAUCUUUUCGGUCUCUCCACGGAUAGCUCCUUGAUGAGCGCGCAGAAGAUUAGCGCACCCUCAAUUGUGGUAUACCGCAAAUUCGAUGAGCCGGUCACCACGUACCCGUACCCCGUGCUCGACGCGACUGAGGCUGACAUUACUGAAUGGGUGACGGAGCUCGCCGUCCCCAUCCUCGGCGAGGUCAGCAGCGAGAACUACGCUCUGUACGCCAACAGCCCGAAGCCUCUGGCAUACUUCUUCGUCGACCCGUCUGUUCAGGAGCUCUCCGCCCAGCUCGACCUAGUCCGUUCUAUUGCGGGCAAGUUCAAAUCGAAGAUGAACUUUGUCUGGAUUGAUGCCAUCAAAUACGGCGACCAUGCCAAGGCUUUGAACUUGGCCGAUGUGAACUGGCCCAGCUUCGUUAUCCAGGAUCUCAAGAAGGGACUGAAAUAUCCUUACGACCAACAGAAGGCCAUCACCGCUGCUCCUCUCGAGGACUUCGUUAACUCGUACCUGGAUGGUCACCUCGAGCCUUCGCUCAAGAGUCAGCCCAUCCCCGAAGAGCAGGUUGACAACGUGUACGACCUUGUUGGCAAGGAGUUCGACAAAAUUGUGUUCGAUGACUCGAAGGACGUUUUCAUUGAGUUCUAUGCGUCGUGGUGCGGUCACUGCAAGCGCCUGAAGCCUACCUGGGACUCUCUUGCAGACCACUAUGCUCCCCUGAAGAAGACUUUGACAAUUGUCAAAUUCGAGGCGACCGAAAACGACCUGCCUCCCUCGGUGCCGUUCUCGAUCUCUGGCUUCCCGACAAUCAAGUUCAAGAAGGCUGGUACACGCGAUUUCAUCGAUUACGAGGGUGACCGUUCGUACGAGAGCCUCUCGGACUUUUGCAUGCGCAUACCAGUUUCUCAUUGGAAGUUCCUGAACACGUCGACGAGGAAGAGACCCAGGCGCACUUCGAAGCUCCGGCAGACUCUGAAACUGCAGAAAUUCAUGACGAGCUGUAAUUAAAGUAUCAUUAACAGACUUACUUAUUCACAUGGCCUCUUCUUUUCAUGAUUUCUUCCGGUAGAACUCGGAAAACGACAAUCGAAUGCCCAGGAAACGACAAUCCAAGUCCGGAUGGCUUUGCAGCUGGUGCACAAUCGUAUGGACUCGUUCUGAGAACGACGUGCUAUAUUCUUUCACUUGGUUCACCAUGCGCGUCGCGGCUUCCGGGUCCUGGGUUGCAUAGUCUUCGCCAGUGUGAACACCCUGUGAAUGAUUCGGAACGCAGACACCGCAGGCAGUCUGAGGGGGACUUACCCGUUGUGUAUCGAGCUGAUUGUCGCGUCUCGCAGAUUCUGACAAACAGAAGUUGUAGAAGUUGUCCGCCGCCUCGCGAAACAAGAGGAUAGUCGUAAAAACUUCUUUCACUUGGUUCAGAAUCACUUCCUGAGCAGGAAUCAGUCAGUCGCCUUCAGCAGUGAGGGAGACACGGACGUGUUUUCCGGCUUUAGGGCUUAGCAACAAAACUUUGUUGAGCAUGCGAUCGAGAUAUGCUCGGUGCGCGAAGAUCAUAGCGUCAAGAUCUCCUUCCUUUUUGUUCAGAAAGUCGAGCAGGGCCUUCCACGAGCAUUCGAUUACAUCCAGAUGGCAGUAGGCAUGCAUCUGCCGCAUAAAAUGGACCAUUUCAGCCAUAGCAAGCCGGAUUUGAUGCCAGUGAUGUUCCAGCUCAGGCACUCUCAAAAAGAUGGUUGAACAGUUUCAGAUAUUUGAUGAGCGAAUCUGGAUCGAGCACUGUGUCCAAUGGCGCGUCGACUUUGUACUCCAGAGUGAACACAUCCCAGCCGAUCUCCCCAUGCGAAUAUUCGAGCAUUCGGGCGUCAAGUCGACGUAGUACGUCUGAAGGAUCAUUCUGAGCAUUUGACGACCGGAUCGCCGCCUCUAGUGUGGCUGUGAGAUUGUGGCGGAACAGGACAUUGGCGGGUCGGUUGAGGCUGGAUCCCAAUGCUUCCAUCAGCUGAUCCGCAAAGUCACCAUAGCCAAGUAAGAUGUAAUUUUUCAAAGCCCGGAGAUGAUCGAGCAGCUGAAACUUAUCAAUGAAGACUUCGAACAACCGCUGGCUGGCAAUCUGAUAUGCGGCAUCGAUCGAUCGCUCCAGUCCAGCGAUGUCGCUGUAUUUCAACGCUAGGUGCGAUCAGUUGGAUCCAUCCGUUCAGGUGCCAGACAGACUCACUUCCUCCGGUGUUACUCAUCUUCUCUCUGGUGACAACCCAGUCGCUAUCAUGGCAGCUGUAGCGGAUGAAAUUCAAACUUUUUCCGGUGGAGAAGAUCUGUCUCAGAAUCAAAUGCUAUUCGUAUGCAUCAUGAUACUAAAGCAAACCUUUCUGCCGAACGUCUCGCCCACAAACAUCGGGAGCAUGUUCUCCUGAAACUGAUACUUGACUUGCCAAAGCUUGAGGCCAUUGUCUCUUUCGAUCGAUACGUCAUCGCCGUCUCCGCCAAUCCCCCCGAAUCCACCAUCGCCAGCCAAGGGCCCGAUGCCGCCAGCCAAUGAAGAAGGAUGCACGUAUUGCACAUCAGCCAAACUAGAAUCCGUCGCAACGAAGAACUCAGAGAACGGGUCGUAUAAUUCGCCAGAGAACAGCCACUUGUGAAGUGUUGCAAAGAAAGGCUUUGAAACGUCUUCCAGAAGCUGAUCGGUAAACUUGCGAACGAAUGGAUCGCCAGUGUCUGUAUAGCUGUGAAUGAGGUUGACCAGCGCGCCUCCCUGAGCGUCUAUGAGAAGGUAUUCAGCAAGGGAUACCCGAUAGCACAUUACGUACCUCUGGCUCCUUCGACGCAGACGCUCAUCAUCCUCAUCCUGAGCCGCCAGUCGUUGAUCCAUACAUCGAGCCGCCGUAAGAAUGGCGAUCAGCCGAUAGUAUUCGGUCAGCUGGGCCUGUAGGUGGUGGCAUAGACUUUGCUCAAUCAUCCCCACUCCGGUGGCACCCUCCCGGUCACGAACGAAAGUCUCAACACGGGUGUAAAGAUGCCCGACUUCAGCCAGCCGAUGGAUCAGAGCUCUCGUAGGAGGGGAUAUGAUAUACCUCUGUCGUGAUCAGAAAGGGUUCGAGUUCCACCAACAGUCACGCACCGAAUCUUCCACAAAACCGAGUUGGUUCUCCGAAUCCACCUCGUCAGCUGAGAACCUAACGUAUUUCCCAGAAAUUCCUUGUAGAAGAUACAGCGUGUCACGGAGAAGCAGGUUUUCCGGAAGUUGCUGCCGCCCGAGUUUCGAACGGUAUUCGCGCAAUAUGUCUGCCUUAGACCUGCCACGCGGCAAUCGGGAGACGGGGGUUUCAACAGGGUUUGGCGGCAAAUUUGAUCGAUUAGGAGGAGGCGGGGCAAGUGUCGGAAGGAGGCCGUUAAUAGGACGAGAAGACGAUGAGGCGAGGGAUUGCAGGAACAAAAUGGACGCGUGUUUUCGCGAGAGGAUAGGCUGGGAUCGAGUGAGAACUGAUAGGGAUAGAUGAAUCCAUUCACGAACUUGAUC